AUUGAUGUUGGCCUUUUAUUUUACUUUAUUUUACUUAGUUUUACUUUGUUUUAUUUGAUCGUCUUCGCCUUGCGCUGUCUCUUCUCGCGCGAUUUUUUCCCAGCGCGUGCUUUUCGCGCCUACUUGUCGCCCCUGUUUGCACCCUCCCUUUUGCCCGUUUUUUCAACCCCGCCAAACGGCGCGAACGUUCCCGCUGCAGGGAAAACGCAAACCGCCCUUAACUGCCUCAAACAGUGCGAUGAGAUGUUCCCUCCGUUCGACCGCGCAAAGGAGUAUGUCGAUAAUGCCUACCGCGAAGUGCUGUUUUUCGCUUAUUCCGCAAAACCGCUUCACCGUUUCGGCACUCCAGUGAUUCUCCCCCUUUGAUUGGUCACCCGCGAGGUGUAAUGAGUGUAGUAACUCCGGGAAGGACCAAUAAAAUAAAAAGAACACACGGAGGGGGGAACCUACCCAAAAGUGGCAUUGGCUAUUUUGUGCUUACCUACAAUGCGCAGUUCGCAAGCGGCGCGAUGAAAUUUGCGGAGACCCAGUGAGGAAAUUCCCCCAAGAUGAUAUUCAAAAGGUUCUUUCACAAGUACCCCGGGGGGAGCAAAAUCAAAUGCUACAUCGAGAAAAAGAAAAAGAAAAGAAUAGGCGUCAGUCUGUUUCACCAGCCGCCGUACUCUAGGAACUCCAAGGGGGUCAUCGACUGGAGAUACAGCACACCCAAGUCUGGGCACGAAUACAUGUACAUUUACGGAGAGAAUACCAUCGAAAUUACGAACCUGCCCACCAACCGAACGAACGAGUACCUCCAGGAAAGGCUACGAAAAAGCUUAAACAAGUAUGGCCCUUUAAAAAUAAUAAGGUGCCUAAGUCACAGAAACGACCCAUACAUUAACAACAACAUCUGCUACGCUACCUUUUACAACAAAAAGGACAUGCACAAGUGCAUGCGAAAUGUGAAUAUACGACUGCCCCUAUCUCUACAAAGCAAAAUUCUAAAAUUCAAAAGCCUUUAUAAUAACAAGUCGAACGAUUACAAUUACUUUUUCAAACAGGACCAUUACAAUUACAGUGUGAUUAAUAUUGCCCUGAAUUUAUUUAAAUAUUUGCAAAAUAACAAGUGCAUUUUAAAUGUAAAGGAUAUUUACAAGCACAUUUUUGAGUACACUUUUUACCCGCAUAAAAUUAUAACGUCGGGGAUUUCUGUGUACAAAGUAUUUAGCAGCUGGGCUCUUUUUUUGGACUUCUUUGAUGGCUUAUUUUUGAGGGUAAACGAAGGAACGGGUGCCGUUUUUGUUUGCGCGAAGAUUCUGGAUGACCAGCAUUUGUGCGUCUACCUGAAUAACCGGCUGAUCGAGCUGAAGAAAAGGACCAGCGCGUCGAAUUCGUUGUACUGGCGCCAGGACGCCCUGCAGCUCCCAGGCGAAAUCGAGAGCAGAUUAAACAACGACCACCCGAAAAAGCUCAAGGAGGAAAUGCAGCUCCUUUCCAAGACGAAGGACUUCUACAAAAUUCAUGAUGAGAGGCACCUAUUCAAAUUGAAGCUGAACAAGGAGAGGAAGGAGAAAAAGAGGUGA